CCUCUCCCAACAUGGCGGCCUCAGCAAAAAAGAAGAAUAAGAAGGGGAAGACCAUCUCCCUAACAGACUUCCUGGCUGAGGAUGGAGGGACUGGUGGAGGAAACACCUAUGCCCCCAAACCAGUCAUCUGGGCUGAUGAAACAGAUGACCUAGAAGGAGAUGUUUCAACCACUUGGCAUAGUAAUGAUGAUGAUGUGUAUAGGGCACCUCCAAUUGACCGUUCCAUCCUGCCCACUGCUCCACGGGCUGCUCGGGAACCCAAUAUUGACCGGAGCCGUCUUCCCAAAUCACCACCCUACACUGCUUUUCUAGGGAACCUGCCCUAUGGUGUGACAGAAGACUCCAUUAAGGAAUUCUUUAGAGGAUUAAAUAUCAGUGCAGUGAGUUUACCACGUGAACCCAGCAAUCCUGAGAGGUUGAAAGGUUUUGGUUAUGCUGAGUUUGAGGACAUGGAUUCCUUGUUCACUGCCCUGAGCCUCAGUGAAGCGUCUCUAGGUAACAGGAGAAUUCGAAUGGACGUUGCUGAUCAAACACAGGAUAAAGACAGGGAUGAUCGUUCUUUUGGCCGAGAUAGAAAUCGGGAUUCUGACAAAACAGAUACAGACUGGAGGGCCCGUCCUGCUACAGACAGCUUUGAUGACUACCCACCUAGAAGAGGUGAUGAUAGCUUUGGAGACAAGUUGCGAGAUCGUUACGAUUCAGACCGAUAUCGUGAUGGGUAUCGGGACAGUUACCGUGAUGGCCCACGCUGGGACAUGGAUCAAUACGGGGGCCGAGAUCGCUAUGAUGACCGAGGCAGCAGAGACUAUGAUAGAAGCUACGAUUCCAGGAUAGGCAGUGGCAGAAGAGCAUUUGGUAGUGGGUACCAUAGGGAUGACGACUACAGAGGAGGUGGGGACCGCUAUGAAGACAGAUAUGAGAGACGAGAUGACCGGUCAUGGAGCUCCAGAGACGAUUACUCUCGGGAUGAUUAUAGGCGUGAUGAUAGAGGUCCCCCCCAAAGACCCAAACUGAACCUAAAGCCUCGGAGUACUCCUAAGGAAGAUGAUUCCUCUGCUAGCACAUCCCAGUCCAGUCGAGCAGCCUCUAUCUUUGGAGGGGCAAAGCCUGUUGACACAGCUGCUAGAGAACGAGAAGUAGAAGAGCGGCUACAGAAGGAACAGGAGAAACUGCAGCGUCAGUUGGAUGAGCCAAAACUAGAACGACGGCCUCGGGAGAGACACCCAAGCUGGCGAAGUGAAGAAACUCAGGAACGGGAACGAUCGAGGACAGGAAGUGAGUCAUCACAAUCGGGGACAUCAGCCACAUCUGGCAGAAAUUCACGAAUGAGAGAGAGUGAGAAGUCUCUAGAAAAUGAAACACCCAAUAAAGAGGAAGACUGUCAGUCUCCAACUUCUAAGCCUCCCAAACCUGAACAGCCUCUAAAGGUAAUGCCAGCCCCUCCACCAAAGGAGAAUGCUUGGGUGAAGCAAAGUUCUAACCCUCCUGCUCGAUCUCAGAGCUCAGACACAGAGCAGCAGUCCCCUACAAGUGGUGGAGGGAAAGUAGUUCCAGCUCAACCAUCUGAGGAAGGACCAGUAAGGAAAGAUGAAAAUAAAGUAGAUGGGGUGAGUGCCCCAAAAGGCCAAAGUGGAAAUUCCAGCCAUGGUCCAGGAGAUGGAGGGAACAAAGACCACUGGAAGGAGUCAGAUAGGAAAGAUGGCAAAAAGGAUCAAGACUCCAGAUCUGCACCUGAGCCAAAGAAAGCUGAAGAAAAUCCAGCCUCUAAGUUCAGUUCUGCAAGCAAAUAUGCUGCUCUUGCCGUUGAUGGUGAAGAUGAAAAUGAGGGAGAAGAUUACACCGAAUAGACCUGCAUUCUGUGCUUUCUCCUAGUCUCUCACCACCCUGGAACAUUCGAGAGCAAAUCAAACCUCUAUCCAGACAAGACAAAAUAAAACUCACCAUCUCCUGGAUACCUUUCUUAACUUUUUUUUUUUUUUUAAAGAAACAAAAUGAAAUUCUUUUGCAUGCUGCUGCAGCCUUUAAAAUAUUGAACUAACUGGAGAAUCACCAAUGUAGCCAGAGAGAGACGUACAGCUUUUAAUGCUGCAGCUUCUGCUUAAGUCA